GUUGUGAGCGAGUACAUGGUACGAUGGCUGGCCACAUAUCACAACAGCUCGAGGAUUUAUUAAAUCCUUUGCCCAAGUUCACAGAUCCAGAGGAUGAUCAUGAUGAAGGUAUAUUACACUGUUUGUCAUGUUUAACAGGUACAUUUUGCUUUCCAUUUGAAGACAAUGUUUCCGUUUUUAUGUAUCAAGUCUUUACACACACGCCAGGUAGGCGCGUGGCAACUGCAUGCAAAGCUAGACAGUUAACGUUAGCAAGCAAGGUAGCACACUGAAAGCACCAAUUCACCAAAGACAUCUCCAUAACCUGUUCUGAUGCCCAACAUGACCACCGUGUAAGCAACAGUACUGGCAACCGUCCACGUAGCCAUGUGUUUGUUGAUGUUUCAAACAGCCCAAUGAAUGUAGGACGGGAGCCACUGGCACUGCACCGCACCAUUCUAACAGCUGAUCCUGCUAGCAACUACUGGUGCUGCUAGCUAAUUAUGUUGACCCUUUUCACGAGACGUUGGCUGUUACUUGCUAGCAAAUAUUCUUGUCGCUCUAUCUAAACCUCAUAUUCGUUGCUAGUAAUUAUGCUUGAUGCUGUGGUUAGUAUUCUCACUCUGGCUGCUGUUCAAUAUACAAAUCAACAUUAACAUGACCUUACGGAGAAGUGCUUUAUCCUGUCAUAGUUAUUCAACUUGACUUUCUCUUAAAGACAAGUCAUCUGAUUUAACCGAUCUAUAACAUUCUGGCCCUGAUAAGUUGCCAGCCACUUCGUUUAUUGAUCAGAAUGACUAUGAACACUCGUUGUCUCUUGGUCAUUCAAUCUGACUGUUUUGAUUGCUUCCAGAGACGAAAGCCAAGGUGGUAGAGGCGUUUGAUGAGGGUGAUGAUGAAGCUGUGGUUGCCUUGAGUGGGCUCCGGAAGAAAGCUAUCACUCUGCUAGAAGAGACUGACAAACGGUACCUGGGCAAGGCAACCUCCCGUAAAGACCUGCUGAAGGAGAUCGAAGGGUCUGGUGAGUUGGAACAUGAAUGUGUAAUUUAUAAUAAUGUUAAACAUAUAUGUAGGAUAAUCAAUGCAACUGACCAUGGGGGAAAAUAAAUAAGUAACCUGUCAAGAAAGUUGGAUGAGAGCUGUAGUUUGCUUUCAACUACUUGAAAUGCCCAGUAUGAAAAAACAAAUAUAUGUAUUCACUAACUGUAAGUCACUCUGGAUAAGAGUGUCUGCUAAAUGACUAAAAUGUAAAAUGUAAAUGCACCCUUUUUCCUUCUAUCCAUGGAAUUAGCCCAAUUGUCAAUCUGACAAAGUUGGAUUGGUAAAAGCAAUAGGGUAGUAACAUUCAUUUUACGUAUUCAAUCAGAUACAUGACUACAUUUUAGGAUGGGAGGAAGGUAGGGUGUAUUUAUUUCAAGGCACUGCAUUUGAAAAUUCUCAUUUGUAGAAUUCUGCCCUCUUGUGGUUCUGCAAGGGGCACUUUUACAAUAUGUAACUGACCAUCAUUCAGUUCAAUAUGAACUAUACUGAACAAAAAUAUAAACUCAACAUGCAACAAUUAACGAUUUUACAGUUCAUAUAAGGAAAUCAGUCAAUUGAAAUAAAUUCAAUAGGCUGUAAUCUAUGGAUUUCACAUGACUGGGCAGGUGUGCAGUCAUGGGUGGGCCUGGGAGGGCAUAGGCCACCCACUGGGGAGCCAGGCCCACCCAAUCAGAAUGCAUUUUUGCCCACAAAAGGGCUUUAUUACAGACAGAUAUACCCCCCAGUUUUAUCAGCUGUCCGGGUGGCUGGUCUCAGACGAUCCCGCAGAUGAAGAAGCCGGAUGUGGAGGUCCUGGGCUGACGUGGUUACAUGUGGUCUGCGGUUGUGAGGCCGGUUAGACAUACUGCCAAAUUCUCUAAAACGACAUUGGUUGCAGCUUAUGGUAGAGAAAUUAACAUUAAAUUCUCUGGCAACAGUUCUGGUGGACAUUCCUGCAGUCAGCAUGCCAAUUGCACGCUCCCUCAAAACUUGAGACAUCUGUGGCAUUGUGUUGUGUGAAAAAACCGGCACAUUUUAGACUGGCCUUUUAUUGUCCCCAGCACAAUGUGCACCUGUGUAAUGAUCAUGCUGUUUAAUCAUCUUAUUGAUAUGCCACACCUGUUAGGUGGAUGGAUUAUCUUGUCAAAGGAGAAAUCCUCACUAACAGGGAUGUGAACAAAUUUGUGCACAACAUUUGAGAGAAAUAAGCUUUUUGUGCACAUUGAACAUUUCUGGGAUAUUUUAUUUCAGCUCAUGAAACAUGGGACCAACACUUUACAUGUUGCGUUUAUAUUUUUGUUCAGUAUAUAAAUAAAUGUGCCUCAUGCCACACUGUAAUCUCUUAUAAUGUUGUAAUGUCUCCUAGAUUAGUACCACAAGGCAAAUUGCUGGGGAACAGGAUACCAUAGCUUUAAUGGAUUGAUGUAGGUUCCUUAUUUACAAUUGAAUCAAGUAAAGUUAUAUUCUAUGCUCAGCUGUGCAUCGUCAUAUCAUGUGUAGACGUUUUAUUACAAUAAGCAUGUGUACCAUAAAAUAGCUUAGGCCUACAUCUACUAGUGGUCUGGUUUUUUGGUUAUUCAAUUGAGAAAUUGCUUUGUUUUUAAUCAAGUGAAUCCCUGUUUAUCCAAACAAAUGCUUUGAUUAAGGUAGCAAUCAAUUUAUACCUAGAAGACAACUGAUUACAGCAUUAAGCUGUUGUGUACACGGCAUCACUACUGUUCAGGUGCUGAGUGGAAGGCCAUCUACAGCCUUAUCUGCCUACAUUAGUUAGAAUUGCAAUUUUAUUUCGCUGUAUGGUUAUUAAUGAACAUCCUGGUUUUAUCAUUCCAUUUUAAUGUGACUUUUUAGGAGAGGAUGAUGACGAUGAUGAUGAAAACGAAGAGGAAGAAGAAGAUGAUGAUGCUGAUCUGGAGGAUGGAGAGGCUGAAGAUGGAGAUGAUGAUUCUGAUCUGGAGGAUGGAGAGGCUGAAGAUGGAGAUGAUGAUGAUGAUGAUGAUGCUGAAGAGAUUGAGAGUGACAUCGCUAAAAUGAAAAGCUUGGUGUCUAAGCUGAAGGAGACUGACAUCACACUUCCCUCAGAGACAGACUCCCAUGAGCUAAUAGAGGGAAUGGAUGACCUUGGAGAGAGCGAAGAAGAUGAUGAUGAAGAAAGUGAUGAUGAUGAAGAAAGUGGUGAUGAGGAUGGAGAGAGUGAAGAGGAGGAGAUGGAGAAUGAAGCUGACGAUGUGGGAGCUGUGAUGACGUUCUCUAAAGAGAAAGUGGAGGAAGAGGUGGAGAAAGGGAAAGCUGUGAAAGAUCAACUUGGUAUGUAUUUGUAAUAUAGGCCAGAGGAGGAAGGGGAGGACCAUCCUCCUCAGUGAAUUUCAUUAAAAAAAAAAGUAAAACAUUUAGAAAGUUAUCCUUUUUAGAUAAAACUAUACUAAAUAUAUUCACAUGUCACCAAAUAAUUCAUUAAAACACACUGUUUGGCAAUUAAGCUCUACAGUAGCCUCAAUAGCACUCUGUAGGGUAGCACCAUGGUGUAGCCGGAGGACAGCUAGCUUCCAUCCUUCUCUGGGUACAUUGACUUCAAUACAAAACCUAGGAGGCUAAUGUUUCUCACACGCUUCCAUAGACUUACACAGUAAUUAUGACAACGUCCGGAGGACGUCCUCCAACCUAUCAGAGCUCUUGCAGCAUGAACUGACAUGUUGUCCACUCAAUCAAAGGAUCAGAUAAUUUAUCUAGUACUGAAAGCAUAAGCUACAGCUAUCUAGCACUGCAGUGCAUAACAUGUGGUGAGUAGUUGACUCAAAGAGAGAGAAAGACAAUAGUUGAACAGUUGAACAAAUUAAUUGACUACUUAGCUAGUAAAUGCAGCUAACUAGCUAGUUUAGCCUACUCAAACACCUGGCUCAAACAGAGGGAUGCUAUGUUAGUUAGCUAGCUAGCUAUGACUAUCCAACACAACACUGGAACUCUUACAAGUCAAGGUAAACGUUUGGUUUUACUAUUUUUUUGCCAUCAGGGCCCGUCGGUGUAACUGCUAAACUGCUUAAUGAACUGCUACACUGUAACGUUACUGCAUGACUGUAGCGGGUUUACUAAUGCGUUAGUUCUAUUAGCUAUGUUGACUAUGACAUUACUUUAGCUAAUAUGGAGACAACGAUGUAGGCUGUGUGCAGCGGUUAUGAUAUGGUUUGUCUUGGAAAGGUUUUUUCGCCUGGUCACAUACAGCUGAUGCGUUGUGCAUUGAAGUCCAUAAGCGAAGGGAAAAGGUGAGAGGAGGAGAGUGCAUAGUUGUGAGAAGGAAUACAACGUGGCUGCUAUGAAAGUGAACUGUGUUACGUGUGAUCAGGGGGUGUAUUCAUUCCGCAGAUUCUGUUGUAAAACGUUUCUUAAACAGAAGCGAACGGAACGGGGAUAAACAUACCUGUGCACCUACAGUGGGGAGAACAAGUAUUUGAUACACUGCCGAUUUUGCAGGUUUUCCUACUUACAAAGCAUGUAGAGGUCUGUAAUUUUUAUCAUAGGUACACUUCAACUGUGAGAGACGGAAUCUAAAACAAAAAUCCAGAAAAUCACAUUGUAUGAUUUUUAAGUAAUUAAUUUGCAUUUUAUUGCAUGACAUAAGUAUUUGAUACAUCAGAAAAGCAGUACUUCAUAUUUGGUACAGAAAUCUUUGUUUGCAAUUACAGAGAUCAUACGUUUCCUGUAGGUCUUGACCAGGUUUACACACACUGAAGCAGGGAUUUUGGCCCACUCCUCCAUACAGACCUUCUCCAGAUCCUUCAGGUUUCGGGGCUGUCGCUGGGCAAUACGGACUUUCAGCUCCCUCCAAAUAUUUUCUAUUGGGUUCAGGUCUGGAGACUGGCUAGGCCACUCCAGGACCUUGAGAUGCUUCUUACGGAGCCACUCCUUAGUUGCCCUGGCUGUGUGUUUCGGGUCGUUGUCAUGCUGGAAGACCCAGCCACGACCCAUCUUCAAUGCUCUUACUGAGGGAAGGAGGUUGUUGGCCAAGAUCUCGCGAUACAUGGCCCCAUCCAUCCUCCCCUCAAUACGGUGCAGUCGUCCUGUCCCCUUUUCAGAAAAGCAUCCCCAAAGAAUGAUGUUUCCACCUCCAUGCUUCACGGUUGGGAUGGUGUUCUUGGGGUUGUACUCAUCCUUCUUCUUCCUCCAAACACGGCGAGUGGAGUUUAGACCAAAAAGCUCUAUUUUUGUCUCAUCAGACCACAUGACCUUCUCCCAUUCCUCCUCUGGAUCAUCCAGAUGGUCAUUGGCAAACUUCAGACGGGCCUGGACAUGCGCUGGCUUUAGCAGGGGGACCUUGUGUGCGCUGCAGGAUUUUAAUCCAUGACGGUGUAGUGUGUUACUAAUGUUUUUCUUUGAGACUGUGGUCCCAGCUCUCUUCAGGUCAUUGACCAGGUCCUGCCGUGUAGUUCUGGGCUGAUCCCUCACCUUCCUCAUGAUCAUUGAUGCCACACGAGGUGAGAUCUUGCAUGGAGCCCCAGACCGAGGUUGAUUGACCGUCAUCUUGAACUUCUUCCAUUUUCUAAUAAUUCGCCAACAGUUGUUGCCUUCUCAGCAAGCUGCUUGCCUAUUGUCCUGUAGCCCAUCCCAGCCUUGUGCAGGUCUACAAUUUUAUCCCUGAUGCCCUUACACAGCUCUCUGGUCUUGGCCAUUGUGGAGAGGUUGGAGUCUGAUUGAGUGUGUGGACAGGUGUCUUUUAUACAGGUAACAAGUUCAAACAGGUGCAGUUAAUACAGGUAAUGAGUGGAGAACAGGAGGGCUUCUUAAAGAAAAACUAACAGGUCUGUGAGAGCCGGAAUUCUUACUGGUUGGUAGGUGAUCAAAUACUUAUGUCAUGCAAUAAAAUGCAAAUUAAUUACUUAAAAAUCAUAAAUGUGAUUUUCUGGAUUUUUGUUUUAGAUUCCGUCUCUCACCGUUGAAGUGUACCUAUGAUAAAAAUUACAGACCUCUAAAUGCGUUGUAAGUAGGAAAACCUGCAAAAUCGGCAGUGUAUCAAAUACUUGUUCUCCCCACUGUAUGUUGUAAACUUUAAUUCAAAGGCUAGGUUGUAGCAACCUCCUUGAUGGUUAUAGGGAAAAUUUGAGUAUCAUGUAGUAGCCUAAACCUAUCGCUGUUACAUUGAACUGGGUGAAUGGAAUAUGAAUGACAGUCAUCCAAUAUGUUGUAAUAGAAAUAAGGCCAUGCUCAUGAGAAAAAGUAAAUCGUCCUCCCUCAUCUUGAAUGGCACCGACUGCCACUGAUAAUGGCCUAUGUGUAGCUCUGCCAAGCAUGAACCAACUUAAAGGAAUAGUUCUGGAUUUUGGCAAUGAAGAGUCAGAUUAACUUGUGGAUACCAUUUUUAUGUCUCUGGGUGCAGUUUGAAGGAAGUUGCUAACUAGCGUUAGCACAGCUAGCUGUUCCUGUAGACUUCCAGUCAUUUAGUUGACGCGAGUUAGCAUUGGCCCGCGAAACUACCUCCUAAAUUCCUUCAUACUGGGCGCAGAGACAUGAAAAUGGUAUCCACAAGUUCAUCUGUCUCUGGGGAAGUAGAUACAAUUGGCAAAAUCACAAACUAUACCUUUAAGCACAUUUUAUCACCUAUUUUUCUCAGUAGACAACCAUGUCAUUUGUUUGAUUGAAUCUCCACAGCUCUUUGGGACCAGCUACUUGAGGGGCGAAUUAAAAUGCAGAAAGCUCUUCUGACAGCCAAUAAGCUGCCACAACCACAUACCUUCCCAGAGUUCAAGAAGAGGGGCGGAGCAGAGUUUGCUGGAGCAUUGAAGAAUAGUGAGUGCUUUGUUUCUGCUUGUAUUUUAAACAUUACAUUUUAUUUUACAGCUAUCAAGAAUAUGAAAUGAAUUUAACUUUAUUGUUCCCCAGAGGGAAAUUGAAUAAAAAGGAAAUAGAAAAGGACAAUAACAAGCAUUACAAACAAAGUUUACAAUCCAGUAAAUGAUGUGGUCAUAAUACUGAAUGUUUUGUCUAGACAUCUUCUCUCCCAGACACAAUUUAGAAGAUGUGUAUUGCUUCCCUGCAUAUGCAAUGAUCAUGAGUGCGUAAAAUAAGUUACUUUAAAUGCAAUGGCAUUUGAAACAUGAAUUUUUAAUCAUAAUGGACAGGGUUGGUGCUAGUGUUAUGGUUUUAGUAUUUAGUGGGUAGAAAAUAAUUCUAACUAUUUGUCUAGAAGUAGGCUAGGCUGUCCGUAAGAACAUUUCUACAAGAAGAUUGUUAUAACAAAAUAACAGUUCCACACUUUUGUUAUAAGAAAUAUAUUAAUCCUUCUCGUUUCCACAGUGGAAUCAUAUGUGAAACGCUAGUUUGCCUUUCUCUCAUUAUUGUUUAAACCUGACCGAUUUGGCUUGAUUCUUCUAAUACUAUUUCUUGUUCAAGGCGUGGUGGUAGUCUACCUCCCUCAUGAAAAUCACUCAUACAAUUUUAUAAUCAAUGCCCACAGUAAUAGGAUUCCUCUGGCCAUGGGCAAUUAAUACAGUUUUUCCAUUUUUUUUCUCCUCGUGCUGAUCUCAAAGCUACGAGACACUGGCUUCUCCUCAUUUACAUAUUUAUUGCAUUGGACUCAAAUCUGGCGAGUGAUUGAUGUGGAUCCUGCCUCCUGAAUUUUUAGCGGCCCAUUAUUAUGAAAGGGAGGGAGGGGGCUCCAGCGUGCCAGUGCACUUUUGAUUAAAGUUGAAGAGGACAGAAUCAUAAGUGUUCCCCACCUCCUUUCUUUUCCUACGCCAUGUGAUUUGGAGGGCAAAGUCUCGAGAAUUUGUUUUAGUGGAUGUUGACAAGAUGUGGACUAACAAAAGCCAAGGCGGAUCUGCUCCAAAAGAUUUUAAUCAGUCAUGCUUGGGGGCAAUACUUGCUGUAGAUUUGUUGGACAAGUGAAGUUAUGAGGCAUAUUUUCUAUUGUUAUGUGGCAUAACUUCAGUGUAUUAUUAUUUUUGGCUAAUAUUGAGGAAUUUACUUAAACAGUUAAACUCAUACUCCCCCUAAUUCAUAUAUAUAUUUUAAAUUAUAUUAACUAAUCGUCAUUUCAGAGUUUGACAAAGACCAAUGUAAACUUUACUUCAGACAACCCUAUGUUCAUAACAUGUUUGCCUCUCUCUACCCUCUUGGUUCCCAUAUCUCUCUGUUAGUAUAUUAGGUCCUGACAUGAUGUUCUCUCUAUGGUGUUCUGUAAGGUCACAAAGCCCUGAAGGCUCUCCAGAGGUCUCUACUGGACCUACAGGACCAGCUGCUCCAUCAGAACCCAGACACCAGGCCCAUCUCCCUGGGCAACACCUGGGGAGCACACAGGUCAGCACUGCCUCUCCUCCACACCCCACACCCACAGACAGCACAUGUAGUGCUCUGCUAUAUGAAACACACUCCUGAUUAACAUGAAUAGGAUGCAAUAUUUCUCUGAAAUGCCCUGGAAUUCAACCUACUUAUGGCUUUAGAAUUGAGGGUUGAGUAUUAUUUUGUUGUUCUGUAUCCAUAAUAUAGUGAUGAGGAGAUUCACAGUGAUGAGGAAGAGGAAAUGAAGGAAGCAGUGGAACCGGCUGUGGAGACAGGUCCUCCCAAACGGAAGCUGGAGAUGGCAGAGUACCCAGACUUCAUGGCCAAGCGCUUCGCUGCCUUCCAGCCGUACCGCGAUGCCACGCUGCAGAAAUGGCACGACAAGACCCGGCUGACCAUGGGAAAGAGCAGCAAGGUCCCCCCACCCCACACUCAUCUGCACCAAGCAAGGACACACGUCCACAUGCCCCAGCUGCACAGAGCUUCGCUCUUAGCACCUAACCAGUCUGCACUGCAGUGUGUGCGUUCUCCAUCUGCAUGCACUGUGCAUAAUGGCACCAUCCAUCCCUUAAGCACACUUCAGCACUCAAAUUUCAUAGCUCUCAUAAACCAAGGGCUAACAUGCCAAUUCAAAACCGGACUUCAUAUUGUACGUUUUUUCUUAAUUGUUUCGGUGUUUUCACUAGACAUACUGCAAUUGGAAUAAUCUAAUGCUCUUAAAUGUUAUAUACAGAGUAGUGAUGCUGUAACUAAGUUAAGGUCUUGUUUCUGACUGUUCUUUAUCUCUUCUCUCAGGGUUUUGGGGCGUUUGACAGAAACAUCCUGACCCAGGUGGAACAGGUGCUAAUGGACAAGGAGAGGCUGCUGAGACGCACCCAGACCAGACGCUCCGAGUACAGAGUCCUGGGCAAGCUAGAGGCCACAGCCCCUGUACAUGACACCACCACUGCAGAGGGAGAGGUGAGACUGGAGGGGAGGAGAGAGGGUUAUGUAGUAUAGGUAACAUGUUGCGAAGGCAGACAGAUAGUGUAUGUAGCCAAGUGUCCUCCUUUUGACUGCUAGUAUCCAUACUAGCGAGAACUCACAUCCCCCUUAAGUUAACUGUACAAGAAGCUCUAUAGUUAAGGUUGCUGCUCUGGUUGGUGGAGGCUGUCACCAUGAUACCCCCCUCCUCAGUCAGAUUUCUUCCAGCUAAUUGUAUUAAGCUGUUACAGCGUUAACUGAGUGAGAUACAUUUAUCUCUGUAUCUUAAUUGAAUCUAGCCAGCAACUGAACUAUACUAACCUGAAAUAUAAGCAGUGUCGCGGCCCAAAAUGAUUCAAAGCAAGGAGCAUUUGCAGGUUGGUUAAUACAUUACGGGAGAGAGAGUGGUUGUUUCAGCAGUUUUAGAUUAGGGACAUCCCUCUCCCUCCUCCAUAGGUGUCACUUUAUCUGGAGAGCAGGCUGUUUAUCUGGGGUGUUACAUCUGGAGUUUAUGGCUUUACCUCCUGCACACCGCUACAUGACAGAGAGCUUUCUCUCUCACUGGCUCUCACCCUUCCUCCCUCUCGCUCUCAUCCCUUCUCUCUCUCCUAUCUCCUCUGUUUCUCUCUUAGGGGACAGAGCAGGUGCUGAAAGCCAAUACACAUCUGAAAGACCUGGACGAGGAGAUCUUUGAUGAUGAUGAUUUCUAUCACCAGGUAAAUGUCAGCCCUACAGCAUGAAACAUUCUCCAACACUCACAAGGACUGAACCAUUCCUAAAACGUUUUAUUUUCUUAUUAAAGUGGACAGAGAAUAUUGCACAAGAGACAGGCAGCGUCAGAAAUUAGACCUGCUUUGAUCUUGGUAAAGUACCCCUCUCUACACAUGGUGUUGUGAGUCUGGCUUGCCACGAUACUCCAAGCUAUUGGAUGGCACUACGUUGUGUGGGGUGAAGCACCAGGACUGCCCUUGUUAUUGUAGUUUGUCCUUCAGAGGACACCGUCCCGUCCGCUCAGUCUCCCCCAGUCUGAAGGCUCCGGAAGUGCAGCUCAGAGCCGUUCCCUGUGGGACUUAGCCCUCCAUGCUCCAGUAAUGCUCCUGUAAUACAUGCAUUCUAAUGUGGUUAACCUCUCACAGCAGGCUGGAGCUGGACUCAUGUUUGCAUUCACCUAAACAUUUUUUGUCAGCAACUCUGUGCAUGCCAUAAAUCACCAUUGUGUGUGUCUGUCUGUGUGACGCUGACUCCUGUAUAAGGACUCUCCACACUGCUCAGUACAACUGAGGCGUGGUCAUUAACCAUGUCUGUGAACAUAGCAAUCACUCACACUGGAUUAGAAACAUUAUGUAGCGCCAAUGGAGCUUUAACAGUUACAUUCACUAAGGAACUGCAAGAUAUGCAGAUUCCUAACCUACGUUCUAACCAAGGAUGAGGAAACAAACAAACAAACCAAAAAAAAAAAUAUAUAUAUAUAUAUAUAUAUACAUAUACAGUGGGGAGAACACGUAUUUGCUGAUUUUGUAAGUUUGCCCACUGACAAAGAAAUGAUCAGUCUAUAAUUUUAAUGGUAGGUUUAUUUGAACAGUGAGAGACAGAAUAACAACAAAACAAUCCAGAAAAACGCAUGUCAAAAAUGUUAUAAAUUGAUUUGCAUUUUAAUGAGGGAAAUAAGUAUUUGAACCCCUCUCAGACAGAUUUCUGGCUCCCAGGUGUCUUUUAUACAGGUAACGAGCUGAGAUUAGGAGCACACUCUUAAAGGGAGUGCUCCUAAUCUCAGCUUGUUAACUGUAUAAAAGACACCUGUCCACAGAAGCAAUCAAUCAAUCAGAUUCUAAACUCUCCACUAUGGCCAAGACCAAAGAGCUCUCCAAGGAUGUCAGGGACUAGAUUGUAGACCUACACAAGGCUGGAAUGGGAUACAAGACCAUCGCCAAGCAGCUUGGUGAGAAGGUGACAACAGUUGGUGCGAAACACUAAAUAACUGUCAAUCUCCCUCGGCCUGGGGCUCCAUGCAAGAUCUCACCUCGUGGAGUUGCAAUGAUCAUGAGAACGGUGAGGAAUCAGCCCAGAACUACACGGGAGGGUCUUGUCAAUGAUCUCAAGGCAGCUGGGACCAUAGUCACCAAGAAAACAAUUGGUAACACACUACGCCGUGAAGGACUGAAAUCCUGCAGCGCCCGCAAAGUCUCCCUGCUCAAGAAAGCACAUAUACAGGGCCGUCUGAAGUUUGCCAAUGAACAUCUGAAUGAUUCAGGGGAGAACUGGGUGAAAGUGUUGUGGUCAGAUGAGACCAAAAUGGAGCUUUUUGGUCUAAACACUCACCGUGUUUGGAGGAAGAAGAAGGAUGAGUACAACCCCAAGAACACCAUCCCAACCGUGAAGCAUGGAGGUGGAAACAUCAUUCUUUGGGGAUGCUUUCCUGAAAAGGGGACAGGACGACUGCACCGUAUUGAGGGGAGGAUGGAUGGGGCCAUGUAUCGCGAGAUCUUGGCCAACAACCUCCUUCCCUCAGUAAGAGCAUUGAAGAUGGGUCGUGGCAGGGUCUUCCAGCAUGACAACGACCCGAAACACACAGCCAGGGCAACUAAGGAGUGGCUCCGUAAGAAGCAUCUCAAGGUCCUGGAGUGGCCUAGCCAGUCUCCAGACCUGAACCCAAUAGAAAAUAUUUGGAGGGAGCUGAAAGUCCGUAUUGCCCAGCGACAGCCCCGAAACCUGAAGGAUCUGGAGAAGGUCUGUAUGGAGGAGUGGGCCAAAAUCCCUGCUGCAGUGUGUGCAAACCUGGUCAAGACCUACAGGAAACGUAUGAUCUCUGUAAUUGCAAACAAAGGUUUCUGUACCAAAUAUGAAGUACUGCUUUUCUGAUGUAUCAAAUACUUAUGUCAUGCAAUCAAAUGCAAAUUAAUUACUUAAAAAUCAUACAAUGUGAUUUUCUGGAUUUUUGUUUUAGAUUCCGUCUCUCACAGUUGAAGUGUACCUAUGAUAAAAAUUACAGACCUCUACAUGCUUUGUAAGUAGGAAAAUCGGCAGUGUAUCAAAUACUUGUUCUCCCCACUGUAUAUAUACAGUUGAAGUCGGAAGUUUACAUACACUUAGGUUGGAGUCAUUAAAACUUGUAUUUCAACCACUCCACUCAUUGGUGCGAAAAGUGUAAAUCAAUCCCAGAACAACAGCAAAUGACGUUGUGAAGAUGCUGAAGGAAACAGGUACAAAAGUAUCUAUAUCCACAGUAAAACGAGUCCUAUAUUGACAUAACCUGAAAGGCCGCUCAGCAAGGAGAAGCCACUGCUCCAAAACCGCCACAAAAAAGCCAGACUACAGUUUGCAGCUGCACAUGGGGACAAAGAUCGUACUUUUUGGAGAAAUAUAAUCUGGUCUGAUGAAACAAAAAUAGAACUGUUUGGCCAUAAUGACCAUCAUUAUGUUUGGAGGAAAAAAAGGGGGACGCUUGCAAGCUGAAGAACACCAUCCCAACCGUGAACAACGGGGGUAGCAGCAACAUGCCGUAGGAGUGCUUUGCUGCAGGGAGGGACUGGUGCACUUCACAAAAUAGAUGGCAUCAUGAGGAAGGAAAAUUGUGGAUAUAUUGAAGCAACAUCUCAAGACAUCAGUCAGGAAGUUAAAGCUUGGUCGCAAAUAGGUCUUCCAAAUGGACAAUGACCCCAAGAAUACUUCCAAAGUUGUGGCAAAAUGGCUUAAGGACAACAAAGUCAAGGUAUUGGAGUGGCCAUCACGAAGCCCUGACCUCAAUCCUAUAGAAAAUGUGUGGGCAGAACUGAAAAGGCGUGUGCGAGCAAGGAGGCCUACAAACCUGACUCAGUUACACCAGCUGUGUCAGGAGGAAUGGGCCAAAAUUUACCCAAUUUAUUGUGGGAAGCUUGUGGAAGGCUACCCGACACGUUUGACCCAAGUUAAACAAUUUAAAGGAAAUGCUGCCAAAUACUAAUUGAGUGUAUGUAAACUUCUGACCCACUGGGAAUGUGAUGAAAUAAAUAAAAGCUGAAAUAAAUCAUUCUCUCUGCUAUUAUUCUGACAUUUCACAUUCUUAAAAUAAAGUGGUGAUCCUAACUGACCUAAGACAGGGAAUGUAUACUAGGAUUAAAUGUCAGGCAUUGUGAAAAACUGAGUUUAAAUGUAUUUGGCUAAGGUGUAUGUAAACUUCUGACUUCAACUGUGUGUAUGUAUAUACAGUACCAGUCAAAAGUUUGGACACACCUACUCAAGGGUGUUUCUUAAUUUUUACUAUGUUUUACAUUGUAGAAUAAUAGUGAAGACAUCAAAACUAUGAAUUAACACACAUGAAAUCAUGUAGUAACCAAAAAAGUGUUAAACACUGCUUUUCCAACAGUCUUGAAGGAGUUCCCAUAUAUGCUGAGCACUUGAUGGCUGCUUUUCCUUCACUCUGCCGUCCGACUCAUCCCAAACCAUCUCAAUUGGGUUGAGGUCGGGGGAUUGCAGAGGCCAGGUCAUCUGAUUUAGCACUCCAUCACUCUCCUUCUUUCUUGGUAAAAUAGCCCUUACACAGCCUGGAGGUGUGUUGGGUCAUUGUCCUUUUGAAAAACAAAUGAUAGUCCCACUAAGCGCAAACCAGAUGGGAUGGCGUAUCGCUGCAGAAUCCUGUGGUAGCCAUGCUGGUUAAGUGUGCCUUCAAUUCUAAAUAAAUCACAGACAGUGUCACCAGCAAAGCACCCCCACAUUAUGACACCUCCUCCUCUAUGCUUUACGGUUGGAAAUACACAUGCGGAGAUCAUCCGUUCACCCACACUGCGUCUCACAAAGACACAGCUCCAAUUUGGACUCCAGACCAAAGGACACAUUUCCACCAGUCUAAUGUCCAUUGCUCGUGUUUCUUGGCCCAAGCAGGUCUCUUCUUCUUAUUGGUGUCCUUUAAUAGUGAUUUCUUUGCAGCAAUUCAACCAAGAAGGCCUGAAUCACACAGUCCCCUCUGAACAGUUGAUGUUGAGAUGUAUCUGUUACUUGAACUCUGUGAAGCAUUUAUUUGGACUGCAAUUUCUGAGGCUGGUAACUCAAAUGAACUUAUCCUCUGCAGCAGAGGUAACUCUGGGUCUUCCGUUCCUGUGGCGGUCCUCAUGAGAGCCAGUUUCAUCAUAGCGCUUGAUGGUUUUUGCGACUGCACUUGAAGAAACUUUCAAAGUUCUUGAAAUGUUCCAUAUUGACUGACCUUCAUGUCUUAAAGUAAUGAUGGACUGUCGUUUCUCUUUGCUUAUUUGAGCUGUUCUUGCCAUAAUAUGGACUUGUUCUUUUACCAAAUAGGGCUAUCUUCUGUAUACCCCCCUACCUUCUCACAACACAACUGAUUGGCUCAAACGCAUUAAGAAGGAAAGAAAUUCCACAAAUUAACUGUUAAGGAGGCACACCUGUUAAUUUAAAUGCAUUCCAGGUGACUACCUCAUGAAGCUGGUUGAGAGAAUGCCAAGAGUGUGCAAAGCUGUCAUCAAGGCAAAGGGUGGCUAUUUGAAGAAUCUCAAAUAUAAAAUGUAUUUUGAUUUGUUUAACACUUUUCUGGUUCCAUAUGUGCUAUUUCAUAAUUUUGAGGUCUUCAAAAAUAAAAUAAAGACAAACCCUUGAAUGAGGGAGGGGGUGAUUUUACAAAACAUUAGGAACAUAUUGAGUUGCACCCGCUUUUGCCCUCAGAACAGCCUCAGUUCAUCAGGGCAUGGACUCUACAAGGUGUCGAAAGCGUUCCACAGGGAUGCAGGCCCAUGUUGACUCCAAAACUUCCCACAGUUGUGUCAAGUUGGCUGGAUGUCCUUUGGGUGGUGGACCAUUCUUGAUACACACAGGAAACUGUUGAGCGUGAAAAACCCAGCAGUGAUGCAGUUCUUGACACAAACUGCUGUGCGUGGCGCAUACUAACAUGCCCCGUUCAAAGGUACUUCAAUCUUUUGUCUUGCCCAUUCACCCUCUGAAUGGCACACAUACACAAUCCAUGUCUCAAUUGUCUCAAAGCUUAAAAAUAUAUAUUUUUACCUGUCUCCUCCCCAUCUACACUGAUUGUGGUGGAUUUAACAAGUGACAUCAAUAAGGGAUCAUAGCUUUCACCUGGUCAGUCUGUCAUGGAAAUGGCAGGUGUUAUUUUGUACACUCAGAAUGUAUUAUAUGUGUGGCUAAUGACUGUGUUUGUGACCUCUCGGUAGGACCCAUUCUCUCUGUAUCUUCCCCUGUCUCAGGGCCUUGAAGCUGGCCAUACAGAAAGCGAGCACAUACAGAAAUACAGAGCCCCAUAUAGGGAGAGGAGAGCCAGGGGGGUUAAUUAGGGACAUUAAUGAAGAUUCUCUCUCUCCUGAUUGGGGUCAGGGAGAGGGCUGCAUGGUGGCUGAUUUUAAACAAAAUGGUCAAGACAAGGCGUUACUAUCUCUGGGGGAAACUCAAAGGAACAUGGAUGAGUAUUGGAACCUCUGCCUGUACUAAGGGACUGUGGAUUGUGUGACUGUAUGAUGAAUGAGAGCUGUCCUCUCCAGUACAGCUCAUUAGGAUGUUGUACUGUGAGGUCCAGUGAUGAUGAUGCUCUGGGGUCCUGGCAUGGUGUUGCUCUGUUAACCGAGGCUGAUGCUCAGCAGUGGUUCAUUCUGGCAGAGCCAGGGUGGUCUGGGCCCAGGGUCCUGGGAUUGGCUGAUGGGCUGACACUGAUGAAGAGGUUCAGAUUAAGUGAAUGGAUUUGCUGGAGGGACAGAGAGGGAGAGCUCUGUUCUCUGAUGAAUGAACGGGGGGUUAUAAAGAUGUCUACACACUCAUAUGAAACUAAAUACUGUUUCGAAACACCAAACUAAGUCUCCCCUUUUGCGCUCUUUCCCUCCUCUCCUCUUACUCUGUUCAUCUCAGCUUCUGCGAGAGCUUAUUGAACGCAAGACAAGUGCUGCAGACCCCAACGACCAGGUGGCUAUGGGCAGGUGAGUGAUGUGUGUGUGUGUGUGUGUGUGUGUGUGUGUGUGCAUGUGUGUGUGUGUCUGUGGUGCUAGGAUGUGUUGUUACCCCUCUAGGCUUUUUCUGGUAGGGGCCCUCACAUCCUCUCCUCUCCUACUCUUCCAGACAAUGGCUAGCCAUUCAGAAGCUCCGCAGUAAGAUCAAGAAGAAAGUGGACACCAAGGCCAGCAAGGGCCGCAAAGUCAGGUGAGUGGAGGGAACAGAGAAAUAGUGAAGAAAUACAGGUUCACUAGAAUAUUUCCUUUUCUCCACAUUCAAACUCUCAGAAUAAUGUAGUACCAUUGUUUCCCUGUACGUCUUGUUCCAUUUAUGUCAGUUAGGAGUAUUAGGUCUGUUUUUAACAUCCACUGCAGAACAAGCUCUUUAUUUCUCUGUCCAGGGAGGCUCUAAUGACAGAAUUUAUGAAAAUACUUAAUACAUUUCAGUUCCUCCGAUGCUGGUUUAAAUGCCAGUUUAUCUAUAGUCCUUUCAGUUAUUUCAAUUAUCUUUUGAUAGAAAACAUCCCCCUCUGUUAAUGUAAAUUACAUUUCUAUGUGGCCUGAUUAAAUAUUUGAGGACUCAAAUUGAUAAUUUGUAUUUAUACAUAUAAAACUAUUUGCCAGUGGAAAAAUUGCAAUUACAGCAUUUGUUUUCUCCAUUUAUUCCAAGUGGAAAGGUCAGCCUUUUAUUUGGGGCCUUUUGUACCCAUUGUUUUUCUCCCGGUUUAUCUUCUACACACAGCACAAACAAAUGGACUCAAACACUCCCACACACUCACAUUUAUUAAUGGACAAACCACAGUUACGCACACUACAUAAUUGAAUGUGUGUGUGUUCCCUAUUUCUGAUGGUGUGCGUGUAUGCGCGUGUGUGUGUCUGUCUAGGUUCCACAUCCACAGUAAGUUGGUGAACUUCAUGGCCCCCAUCGACCACAGCUCCAUGAAUGACGACGCACGGUGAGCACCUUAUUGUUGACGCGUUACAGGGGUAAAGGCAGCGCACUUCACCACUGGCAUGCCAAUAUUGACCUGUUCUUCAACCUAUCACCACCUCCUUUAUCUUGGGGCUGUUAGUCACAGAUCUCAGUGUUCUCCUGUCACAGCCAUACAUCUGACUCACUCACUGUAAUCUCACAUACCUGAAAUGACUGUCCUCAGGACGGCUACCCUCUCAUAAAUCCCUGUGUCCUGCGUUGCUUGUCUGCGCUCACACCCGCAUUGUUCCCUUUGUAGUAUUUUCUGCCACCUUCUGUAGUUGGUUGGUUUGAUUUCUAAAUUAGAUGAACAGGUUCUUUAGUUGUAAUGUAUAGUCUGCUGAUUUGUCCUAUUAUAUGUGAGUUUACAAAGGCCAUAGAAUGAGUGUUGCAGUUUCCACAGUGGGCCCAUAUUGAUUCUCAGCACACACCUGAGACAGAGGGGACAGUAAAUGGCUAGGCACGUCCUCUGCCUCUCCUCCUUAUCUGUCCUCCAGUACAUACUGCAGGUAGAGUAGCUGAGGCUGUGUGUUGUGUUCACUGAGAUGACAGGCAUUCUAAACACGGUAAUGACUGCACAAUGGGCUGACCUUCCCCAGCCCUGCCGUGUGUACGUCCCACCUCAUUUCCAUAGCAAUCAAUGGCCUACAGUAAUAAUGGUGAUGUAUGGCCGUUGCAUCAGGCUGGCCGUUGACCUUUCCCAGAGAGCCACACUGGCUGACCUUUGGGAAUGAAUGCCCUGGCACAGUCCCCCUCACCCUCUAUACCUCCCGUCCCCUCCUCCCUCUCUCCUGGCUCUCCUCCACCGCCAUAUCUCACCGAUGUGCUGGCUUUACGGAUGCAGCCCGCCAUGCUCCACUGGCUCCAUGAAUGUUAAUGUCGGGGGGGGAAGGGCUGGCACAGAGAGGGCCAACACACAUACAUUACAUGCACAUUGUGCACAUUUAAGUCCUCUAGAAGGUAUUUAGACACUCAUCAUGGCACAUUUCUGCAUCGGCAUGUGACAUAUAGGAUAUGCAAUUUGAGGCAGGCUGCACCUUCAACACACUUCAGCUCCCCUGUUCCUUGUCUCUUGUCUUCUCUCCAUUGCGCACACAGUCAGUCCUACAUCAGCCUGGGUUCUGUGCCUCUCCUCCCCCCAUCAUCCCACUGCUCCUCAGUAUUCCCCAGCUGAUGUUUACCGAGCUCAGGCAGAAUGAGAAUGUAUACAUUACGUGGUGAUGAUCAGAGUGUAUUGUAAUCCUUGACCCUGGUGGUGCAUUUCAAAUGGGGAUUGGGGAUUAAGUCCCUCCUGUGGCUGGCUACAGGCUGCCUGCCCCCUGAGAGCAACACAAGGCCCCUCUUUAACUCAACACAUUACACAGGAGCCUGCACUGACUGGUUAUGCUGUAGUGGACACAGUUUUGUAACAGAUUUUAAUCUGUAUGGUUGUCCACCGCAGUAAACAGAGCAGAGCAGUGCAGUGUGGGAGCGAUGGUUGUCUGUUCAUGUUCUGCAGUGAUGUCUCAGGGACUCUAGGCUACCUAUAGUUAGCCCUUUGCCCUGUCCCAUUGAAGUGGACCCACAAGCAGUCUUAACAUGACUGGCUGCACUCUGACUAGACCAACUGACGCCCUUGACUCGAAUAAACUCAACACAAUUAACUAAGACAUGUCACUUCUGGUGACAUCACAUACUGCCAUCUAGUGUCUGUUUCAUAAUGCACAGACACACAGGCUUCACAUUUGCAUGUAUACGCUGAACAUGUUUUAUGGAUGUAGAAAAUAAAUGUAUGUGCAGAUAGUCGGACACAAACUAAACCAGCCCGUCUCAAAAUUAGGCCGUAUUUAUCUGUCUGUCUGUCUGAGUAGAGCCACUUUGACUGGAACAUUUGACUGAUUGAAAUGACUGAGCUGGUUAGGGGAGAUGAGUCUCCAGAAAGGCAGUCCAGCCCAGAGAGCUGGAGAGCAGCUGGGGCCUCUGAUUCCAUCUCUGCCUGGCUGUGUUUGUCUGCUCUUUGUCAUCGGCAGGCCAGCCACAGAGUGACAGGCACUUGUGUUCAGGCAGUAAUCAGAAGGCCCUGGGCUUCAUAAAGACCCCUCUUUGUCGUUCCUCUCAUCUGGACUGUUGCAUAUACCCCCCUAAUUGGAAUCCUGCAACUGGGUCACUGGCAUUGUCUCUCAAGUGUCGUCGAGACGCAUGAAUGUGGAAUUAUUCCUGCUCCCGAUGCAUCAUUGAGACCUCUUCAUCCUUCUCUCACCUACUGAUUUCUUCUUCUGUCACAUUCAAAUGUUCAGUGUUGGCGACUGCCAGUUUUGAUAAUACUUUUGCUAAUACUAAUGAUUUUUGUUCUUGAAAAAAAAAAAGUGUUAACUUUUAUAUUUUUCCUGUUGGUGUAGGACUGAGUUGUAUCGCUCACUAUUCGGGAAGAACUCGUUUGCUGAAAGUGUGGUGCGGGAGUGACAUGCUCUUAGCUAGCAGGAAAGAUGGACAGCACAGAAGGCAGAACCACCCAGGAGAUAAACACCAUAUACCUCUUCCUCUGAUCCAGCCCUGCUCCUCUCUAAAGGCUUAUGAACAGUAUCAGUCUAGAAGUUAGUUCAGACUGGACCUGACUGGUUUGGACUUUGCUUGAAGAGACUGUUUCUACUAAUGUUGAUACUGUCAGGAAAAACUACAUUUUUGCCAACUUGUUUUUAUUAUCUCCUUUUAAUGUCUCUUUCUGUGAAUAAAUACCAGGGUGAUUUAUGCCUGCUGACCGAUGGAGGGAAAUUAACAAAAGCAGAGUUUGUUGGUGAUUAAAUGUAUUUUAUUGUAGUGGGGUUUGUUUUUUUACUUAUGGGGGAAAAAACUACCUAACAAGCAGCCAUGCCAAACCUAGCAUAAAGCAAUUCCUCGUAACUUUCUCGGAACAAUCUUGUUCUCUCCGCUCCAGAAGGAGUAGGAAGGGCCUGAUGCUGCAGUUUGUCAGUGAUUAGCGCUGGAAUUAGCCAGCCUAGCGUGCCUCCACAAAUGAGCAAAGCCCUCUGGGAGACUGGAGAAACCAGGCAAGGCGCAUUUCCAAUUAUACCACCAAAUGACUCAUUUUCUUAUUGGGCCUCCCAUAAUUGUGAUGGGUAUUGGGUGUAUGCAACUCAAUUUGUCUUACAUAUUUGUUGGUAGGAUGGUAAUAGAGUUGACGGAGCCAAGGGGACGAUAUGAAAGUGAGACAGGAAAAAAAACAAAAGGGAUGAGAUGGAUCCCUCACUAUUUGUUUGAUCUGUCUCAUCCCUUUUAAGACUGUUGAAGUUUGAAAAAAAAAGAAUGCCAC